GCAUGUGGUAAGCCAGGCAGCAGAAACCGUACUUUGAAAACAGGAAGUUUCUAUCACACUGCACUGAAGAUAUUUCAGCUCCAUUGUAUGUUUGCCUGCCCCGAGAGUCUAUGCAUGUUGUGGAAAUGGCCCAGGUGAAGGAUCAGAGCUACAGCCAGUCUACAGGCGCUAACUCCAAACGGCUCAGCCGUUUCUUUCACAAGUAUCGCAAGGGGGGCCAAGAACAAAGGUCGCAGGAUGUGGACGGGCCUUGCUCUGAAUUAACCGCCUUUUGGGACUUAUGCAUGAAAGAGUUCUUAGCGAAAGCCAAAGAAGAUUUCUUAAGAAAAUGGGAGUGUCCACCACAGAGCACAACUAUUCUAGAUGACUUUGAGAGGAUAAAAACCCUCGGCACUGGCUCCUUUGGGCGAGUAAUGCUGGUUAGGCGUAGAGGAACAGAUCAGUACUACGCCAUGAAGAUUCUGGACAAACAAAAGGUGGUGAAGCUGAAGCAGGUAGAACACACACUGAAUGAGAAGAGAAUCCUGCAGGCGGUGUCCUUUCCAUUUCUCGUCCGUCUGGAGUACGCCUUCAAGGACAAUUCCAACGUGUACAUGGUAAUGGAGUAUGUGCCAGGCGGAGAAAUGUUUUCCCAUCUUAGACGAAUUGGAAGGUUCAGUGAACCACAUGCAAGAUUUUAUGCAGCUCAGAUUGUUUUGACAUUUGAGUACCUCCAUUCAUUAGACCUUAUCUACAGAGAUUUAAAGCCAGAAAAUCUGCUUAUCGAUCAACAUGGGUAUAUUCAGGUCACGGACUUUGGGUUUGCCAAAAGAGUAAAAGGCAGGACGUGGACACUGUGUGGCACACCCGAGUAUCUUGCCCCUGAGAUCAUCCUCAGCAAGGGCUACAACAAAGCAGUGGACUGGUGGGCACUGGGAGUUCUCAUCUAUGAAAUGGCAGCUAGCUACCCUCCAUUCUUUGCAGAACAGCCCAUCCAGAUAUAUGAAAAAAUUGUAGCUGGAAAGGUACGAUUUCCUUCUCACUUUAGCUCAGAUCUGAAAGACCUCUUGAGGAAUUUGCUUCAGGUGGACUUGACCAAACGAUUUGGCAAUCUGAAAAAUGGCGUCAAUGACAUUAAAAAUCAUAAGUGGUUUGCCACAACAGACUGGAUCGCCAUCUAUGAAAGAAAGGUAGAGGCUCCUUUCAUACCAAAGUGCAGAGGCCCAGGAGACACAAGCAACUUCGAUGACUAUGAAGAGGAGGACAUCCGCGUGUCCGUCACAGAAAAAUGUGCAAAGGACUUUUCCGAGUUUUAAUGUCAGGCCUGGGAUUCUAUCAGGGCUCAGGCUUUUUUGCACUUCUAAGACAGGGUGGAACUGACAUCUCAUCACAGCACCUCCAUUACACAUGGCCAGUGGUCCAUGAGUGCGGUUAGGAUUCUCAUACAGUGACACAUCCAAUCAGACACCCCCUAGUGCUCUGACACGAAGGCUGCACUUUUUUCCUCACUGUCUUAAAUGUCAUUCACCCCCCCCCCCCUUUUUUUUUUAAGAGAGUGGUGUUUUGCAGAAAAGGAAACGUGAAACUAAUUAAAAUACACACAAUGAACCCUUUUUAUACAGCACUUAUCGCACUUGUUAAUUUGAACUGAAGAAUGGACAUUUCUUCAGUUUAAUUCAGCCCCCUGUUUUGUCCUUUUAUAUGUUUUUUUUUUUAUAUAAGUUUAAUAUAAAUACAGCUCUAACUCAACAUUAUGUUGACUCUUUGGCAUCUUUAUAAGUUAUACUUGUUUUUGGGUCAUCUAAUUUUGAAGAAUUAUGAUUUUUAAGAUUUUUAGAUUUUGUGCAUCGGAAAAUUUCUGAGCCCUCUCCCGCUGAAUUGUAUAUUUGUAUUAUUGUAUAUUGGGUAUGUUCAGCUGUAAAUAGAAAAUCUCUUUGGAGACAAUUGAAAGCGAAGGUGUUUAUUCGUAGGUAUUUGGUAGAGUGUAGUCGGACUGAGCAUGUGUACAUGUAUGUUAACAAAUUCACUCUGUUAUGAGUCUCAAAGGAUAUUUCAAUUGCCAUAUUUUCACGUUUGAGAUUUGUUUCUGUCUUUUUUGAGGAAAAAUUAGUGCGGCAGUUGGUAGAUUUGUAUAUUAAACUCUCUACUUUAAGACAUCGCACUUUAAGACAUUGCACCCCAGAUUACAGUCACUUCCACAUACCGAAGCUACAUACAUGAUCGGCAUCUCUCAUCACAUGUAUUGUCUCUGUUCAUUUCAGCACUGAACUGUUGUUUGUAUUUAUAUACAUAUUAGGGAACUGUCUAAUAAAUGUAAUUUUAAAAUAUUUAAAAUGGCAUAGUUCUCCACAUUUUGGAAGACUUCCUAUUAUCUCAUUAAAAACUUUAGGAUGUAGCCAUCA